AAAGGAAGAACAUAAAUGAGAGGGAGAGAGACAGAUACCCAUUUCCCACAGAAAAAAACAGGAGCUGCUAAAGCUGGGUAGGGAUGGCUGAGGGGGGAUGUGUGUCAUGUGACUGGGUGGGAGUGACAUUGAAUUGACCACGCCCACCCAGGUUUUGUAGCUCCCGGUGUUUUCUGUGGAAAACGGGUCCAAACGGCUCUGAGUGUUCAAGGUUGCAGCCCCCCCCCCCAACUCCACCAGGGUUUGACUUAUAGUCUCUAUUGCCCUUACAAAUGUACCUCCCACUGUCUCCUGAUUGGCUUAGUACUCAUGCCGUCACAGCCUAUCCCAAGCGUCUAAAGCGAAUAUAUUUCUUCCGUCCCAAUUACAUCUCCCACGACUCUGAUUCAGAGGCUGCCAUGUCAGCUGGCAGUUUCUGUAACAACCUCGGCUCUCUUUCCCCACGCCCAGUAAAUGGCUCCCUGCCGCUUCAGCUUCAGCCGCAGCCUCCCAAAGGGAGCUCCUCAGGGAGGCUGCACGGAGCGGCCUCUUGACUUCACCUCCACUUCCGACUUCCGCAGCUCCUCCAACUCCAACGGCUCCCAAUCACCCAAAGGGGCUCCGUGGCGAGGAUCCUGCCCAGCGGGGAGGGAGCUCAGCCGGAGAACCGCGAGGCUAGACGGCGCACACAGGAGGCCCCGGCCCUUUCAUCCGCCUCUGGCCCAAAGAAGCGCAGAGGGGAAGCCGGCGGCGGAAGAGGAGGGGCCCAUGGAGGCGGUGCCGCUUGUAUCCAUGGCGACGCGCGGACGCCGCGGCGCGCUAAAGAGGCGGGCGGCGGCGCACACGUCCUCCCGUUUCAUGCGCGGGUGGCCCGGGAGCAGCAGCAGCAGUAGCAGUAGCAGCAGCAGCGAGAGGAGCCGAAGGGGCCCAUGGCCAGCUACAAGGCCGCCGACUCCAAGAGGGAGCAGUUCCGGCGCUACCUGGAGAAGUCCGGCGUGAUGGACACCCUAACCAAAGUGCUGGUGGCGUUGUACGAGGAGCCCGAGAAGCCCAGCUGCGCCCUCGACUUCCUGAAACACCACCUGGGAGCCGCGGCUCCGGAGAACCCCGAGGUGGAAGUCCUCCGCCUGGAGGUGGCCGAGAUGAAAGAGAAGUAUGAAGCCCUCCUGGAAGAAAAUCGGAAGCUGAAAGCCAAGCUGGCCCAGUACGAACCGCCGCAAGAAGAGAAGCGGGGAGAAUAAGCCUUGUACAUGUCUCAAUAAAAGAUCUUAAAGGACA